AUUAAGCAUCUCGGAUUGUGAUGCCGCGCAUUUUCUAACUUCCUACAGAGAGUGUACACCGGAUUACAGUACAAUUUGGUUGGACCAUGGUUGGACAAAUCAUGGAGGUAGAAUUAGAAUAAUUUCCAUUUAUUUAUUUGAUAAAUGGACUAUUGACUGGGCUUAAUUUGAAAAUGCAAGGUAUCAUGGAUUCUGGUAUCAUUGCCCACUCCAGAUCAAAGGAAGGUCUGCCAAGCAUGGAAUUCAGAAUUGUUGACAUUAAGAAGACACUGAAGAAAUGGGAGAAAGCUUUUGAGACUACCCAUGAGAGGAAAGCAAGUAGUCAGGAUAUCAGAAAUGCACCUCAAAGGAUACAAGAUGCUUACAAGGAGUAUAAUAGCAUUAAAAAAGGACUCCAACAUGGUGACUCUACAACAGCGUGUUCUACAAACAGUGUUAGUGAAGGCCCAGAGAUCUCAGGAGGGACAUGGGGAACUCACUUGAACAGAAGUAGCUGUAACAUCCCUAAGAAAGGCCAGACUGGAAGUGAUACAACUGGAACAAUGUUACAUCAGUACAGUAACAAACUCAAAAUGAGUGCUUCUUCAUUGAAGCCUUAUAAAACUCCAAAAUACAAGAAAAGUGAGUCUGUGUUACCUAAAAAGAGCCACCUUUCAUCAGACGAUAAUGCCAUUCAGCAGGGAAGCACACACAGAGAUGAAGAACAACAUCACACUGACAAGGGUCCUGUCACAUUCCCAGGCAGUAUCUUUAACUGUCUAGAAAACAAGAUUUCAAUGACACAUUCCACUUUGAAGACAAAGCAUGAUAAGAUUGAUGGUGUACCUAGACUCCUACAUUCAAAUGUCCACAAGAAGCAUCACUGGACAUCAGAAUGGCUGGACAGUUGUAAGUCAGACUCAAGAGAAACACAUCAACUCAAAACAGAUGCAGUUCAAGUAAAUCAAGUCACACAAAAAAUACAAGAGACAUAUAGAUCUUCUGUCGUGAAGGAUGAUGUCAUUAUGAAGCACAAACCUCAAUCUCAAACCUUUACACCACUGGAUGGUUCACAUUGUACAGAACCUGGCAAAGACCUUCAAUUAACACAUUCUACAGUUAUGCUGGCAAAACAGAAUCCAACAAAUGGGAUGCAUGCUGAUUUAUUCGGAAAUGACACACUUGAAUAUAAGCCUGGAAGCGAUGGAAACACAUCACAAAAGGCUAAAGAUAGCAAAAGAAGUAUAAACUCAACAAAUAAUCCUGCCAAAGAUAUCUCAACACAUGCCAAAUAUCUCCAUGAUGACAUUACAGUCAUAAAUGAGGAUACAACAUCUGCAGCACAUCUCUUUAAUUCAAUACCACUGCAUCAAGAGGACAUACAAAUUGCACAGAAUUCAACUCAGAACAUUUGCACCAAUGAAGAUAAUGUGGAAAGAAUCAGAGGCCAUGAUUCAGAAGAACGUGAAGAAUUGUGUUGUACACAUGGGCAUCAAGGACAACAAGAAGACACAAGUAAAACCGAGGAUGAAUGUGUUACCAAGGAAGGUGACUUGUAUGAAUGGCCUGAGGAACAACCAGCAACAAAUGAUGCUAAACAACAAAGGGCUGAAUUACCUAAACAUUUGCCUUCAAGCAGAAAAUCAGCAUCAACUGUGAAGAAGCAAAAUCUGAAUGAAAACUUUGUCAAACUAGAACUGAAGAAAAAGAGGUAUACCCGAAAAGGAUUAUUUCACAUAAAGGGAGAGGCUUAUAAGAGACAGGUAUGGAAGCAGAUGAUGCAUGGUCGUGGAGGAGGACUUGGAUUAGGAAAUGGAGGAAAACGUGGUGCAUGGAGAGGAAGAGGGAGAGGAAGAGGUGGUAUAAACAUGGCUAAUCCUGCUGACAAAUGCUUCAAGUGUGGACAAACUGGUCAUUGGGCAUCCACUUGUUAUGGCCCGAGUCAAGAGAGUGAGAAGAAAGAAGUUAAAGAAGAAGAUUUCCCUACUCUAGAGGAAGCUGCAUUGGCAGCUCGUGGUAUCAAGACAACAGCUGAAUGUGAUGGUACACCAUCUGAGGAGUACAUUCCAGAAGUCAGUAAUGAGCCAGUAUAUGAUUUCCCUGAACCACCUCCUGCUAUACAACCUUUGUUUCAACCAGGCACAGAUGGAAAACCAAUUGAGGCACCAGGUUCAGUCUUCACAGCAUUGCAACAAAUGGGUUAUAAAGGCUUUAGGCAAGGUCAAGAACAAGCCAUCAUGAGAAUUCUAUCAGGAUUGUCCACACUGGUGGUAUUGUCAACUGGUGCUGGUAAAUCUUUGAUAUACCAGUUAGCAUCUGUGAUGUAUAGUCAGCGUGCUCCAUGCUUAACUCUUGUCAUUUCACCUCUUGUUGCUCUUAUGGAUGAUCAGGUUUUAGGACUGCCAGAUUGUCUGAAAGGAGUUCGUCUUCAUAGUAACAUGAGCAAACCUCAACGUGAGAAGGUUGUGAAAGAUAUACAAAAUGGUGGAGUGAAUAUCUUGUUAGUAUCUCCAGAAGCAAUAGUAGGAGGUGGAGGAAGAGGAGGAGGAUGUAUGCCGUCUCUUGACCUUCUUCCUCCCAUUGCAUUUGCAUGUAUUGAUGAAGUGCAUUGUCUCUCAGAAUGGUCUCAUAACUUCAGACCCUCAUAUCUCAUGCUGUGCAAGGUAUUGAGAGAUAGACUGGGAGUAAGAUGCUUGCUUGGAUUAACAGCUACUGCUACCAUGGCAACAGCCCAGAGUGUAGCUCAACAUCUUGGCAUCAAUGAUCAAGAAGCCAUUAUCAGAGGAACGUGUUUACCUGAUAAUCUAUUGUUAUCAUCAUCAAGAGACUGCAAUAGGGAACGGGCUUUAGUUGAACUCCUUAAAAGCCCACGGUUUUGCCACCUUCCCUCGAUCAUAAUUUACUGUAUCCGACGAGAAGACACUGAAAGAGUGGCCUCUCUGCUGAGGACAGGUCUCCCUGAGGACUUGCUAGAAUCCAAUCCAUCUGAAAAUAAGGAAGAAGAUAGUUUAAUGGUGAAAGAUGUUGAGUCCUACCGAGAGGCGAUAACUGUGAUUAGAGAGAUGGAUGAUAAACCUAUUAGUCAGGUUACUCACGAGACAAGCCAGAGGGCUCAUGAGCACGGUGAAAACCAUAAUACCCAGAUGAACAAUGACAAAGAGAAGCAAACUUACAACAAUAGUAAUAAUGUUGUCAGCUUGACUGAUGACAAGAAUCAAUCUCAGCCAAAGAACAAAACCUCUAGAAAGAGUCGUAAAAGGAAGGCAACUGAUGAUUCACAGGAAAGCAAGACUGAUGGAAAUAGAAUUGCACUGACAGGAAAGAAACGAAGGAAACAAACAAGUGAAGCAGAUAAUGUGUCCACUUACAUUGAAGAAGAUGACUUAAAUGUUAAGAAAGAAAAAGCAAAAAGCAAGAAGAAAAACAAGAACAAGAAACCUGCUGUGAAGAAGAGGGCUAGAAUUACAAGUAAAGCAGCACUUAAAGGUAUGUCGGUGAUUACCAGUGCUAACAGUGUUGAAGCAUAUCAUGCAGGAAUGCCACCUGGAGUCAGACGAAGAGUCCAGAAUCAAUUUAUGACUGGGCGUCUACGCAUUGUCACAGCAACAGUAGCAUUUGGCAUGGGAUUAGAUAAAUCGGAUGUAAGAGCAGUUAUCCACUUCAAUCUUCCAAAGAGUUUUGAGAGUUAUGUUCAAGAGAUUGGCAGAGCUGGUAGAGAUCAGAAAGAAGCACAAUGUCAUGUUUUCUUGGAGCCGCAGGGAAAGGAUCUCUGUGAGUUGCGUCGUCACACCUAUGCCAACACAGUAGAUAGAUACUGUAUUAAGAAACUAGUGAGAAUGCUAUUUCCUCCGUGUAAAUGUCACCAAGCACAUCAGCUGCACAAGGAAGCCAUAGGUUGUGCACCUUCCAUUGUCAACCAGUCUAGUCUUGCUACAGCAGAUGGUACAAACUAUGAGAUAUCAGAUGAACAGGCCAUAACAGCCAUGGAGGCAUUUGAGACUAGUCUGAAUCCAACAGAGUCUAACCAGAGGGAAGAUCCUUUACUGACUCGACUAUGUAAAGGACAUCUUGUAGCUAUUCCCAUCGAGUCCUCCGUGCAAGACUUGGAUAUCAAAGAGGAAGGAAUCUCAACACUAUUGUGUUACUUAGAGCUUCAUGCCAAGCAUUGGUUAGUCAACUUACCACCGACCUAUGCAAAGUGUACCAUUCAAUGUUAUGGUGGACCUUCACAACUCCAGCAACUUGCCAAAUCUUGUCCUCCUGUUGCUGUAGCUAUUGCUAAGAAUCAAUCACGUGGGAAGUCAUAUCGCCAUGCCAGUAGUGUGGAGUUUGAUGUUGUUGAGGUAGCACGCUGCAUGGGAUGGGACUUGGUCAUUGUAAAAAAAGAGCUACGACAGUUAAAAUGGAGACAAGUUCUUGGUAAAGGCUGGGUCAAGAGUGGAGUUAUUGUGGAGUUUUCUGACCUAGCCUUCUUAGUUCAAUCACCUGGUGACUUGACUGACGAGGAACUAGAUGAAGUAGUUAAUCUACUUACAAGCAAAUCCAGCUUACAGGAAAGAAGACAACUCUAUCAACUACAAGCUGUGUAUUCAGCACUACAAAGUAUAUCUCAUGCUAAUUACAUGGACUGCAAUGAUGUUGUGGAUGUUGAGUGCAGUAACAAACUCAAGAUGAUUUUAAAGGCUUACUUUGCAAGACCUUUAAGCAGUAGCUUGAAUCGGGAGCAAGAUGGCGAUCAGCAAAUACAGGAGGAUACAUCAAGCAAAGAGCAUCGUGUGCGGGGUGAUGUACGUCAGUUUAUUAGUAUGCAUACUGAUAGGAGUUUCUCUGGGCGUGCUGUUGCUCGUGUCUUCCAUGGUAUAUCUAGCCCAUGUUACCCAGCUCAGGUCUGGGGACGUGAUAGAAGAUUCUGGAGAGGGCAUCUUGACUUUGACUUCAACAGACUACUACAAAUAGCAACAGAAGAGAUACUUAGACUUCGCUAAAUCUAAACAAAAUAUCAAACAUUUAUGCUUUCAAACUUAAAGGCAGUGGAGACUAUUGGUAAUUACUCAAAAU